AUGGUGGGCCUCGGACGACCCGGAGUACGUGUCCGACUGUCUGUUUGCGCUGGCCAACCUGCUCUCCUUCUCUCGCAUCAGCUACCUCAUGCCGGCCUGGGAGCUGCUGGGCCCCUUGCAGAUCUCGCUGGCUCGAAUGGUCUCCGACAUCAUCCGGUUCAUGGCUCUCUUCACCGUGGUACGUCCGCCCCUCCCCUCCCCUCCCCUCCCCUUCCAUCUGGUCACAACUCAGCCAUCCACACAAGUCACAUUUAG